AUGAAAUCUAGUUUGAUGAAGAAAUCAAAGAAGAAAGUUAUCGCGGAAAAAAGUUCAUUGGAAAUGUCGGCAAGAAUCGGAUAUCAGCUGGAGGAUAUAUCGAGAUAUCUAGAUGGUUUACGAGAGCAAAGAAAAGCAAGUGAAGAUAUCAUUAGCCAUUUGAAGAAGGAGCGAGAAUUAAUCUCAUUACAGAUUGAUGAACUGCAUUCGAAACUCAACGCGCUAGAUGCGAGAAUAGGAAAAGAGGAGGAGAUUUGUUCACGUUUGGAAAGAACGGUAGCGCAUGCGAAUGAAACAUAUGAAAAACUUGUCGAAUCCUCUCAAAGUUUAGUGGACUAUGUUAAAAAAGAAUAUGAAAGUGCUCGUAGUUCAGGAUCAUCACUUACAUGA